ACAUCGUUGUCGUAACACGUGUACGCAUGAAGUGUAUAAUUUUUAUGGUACACGUAGGUAUUAUUCAUUUUGCUUUAGUGCAAAAAGAAAAUAUACGGUUUUGAUUUUCCCAAAGUAAUAAAACGACCAAAUAGGGACAAUCAAUCAAAAUGACAGCUGGGAAGAGGUUAAGUCCCAACGAUCCAGGAUCGUAUUCCUUGCCUGAACAAGUAGCGGUUACUCAUAUUGAAAUACAAUUGGAAGUAGAUUUUUCCAAUGAAAAACUGAAAGGUUUUGUAGACUUAUCAUUAAAUAAGAUUGACGAAAACUGCAAUCAAGUGAUUUUGGAUAUUUUAGAUAUAAAUAUUGCAAGUGUCGUAAAUAAAGAUGACGGAUCAUCAUUGGAGUAUAACAUUGGUGAGCGUUUGGAUGUUUUCGGAUCGAAAAUGGAAAUAAAAAUACCACCCAAUAAAAAUUGUGUUAUCCGAAUCACUUAUGAAACAUCAAAAUGCGCUACUGCGUUGCAGUGGUUGUUGCCAGAACAAACUUUUGGUAAAAUACACCCUUAUCUAUUCAGUCAAAACCAACCUGCUCAUGCCCGUUCCAUGUUACCAUGCCAAGAUACUCCGUCGAUAAAAUCAACAUAUUCGGCCAAAAUAACAGUGCCUAAACCAUUAAUGGCUUUGAUGAGUGCAGUUCCAACGGAAACAGUCGAUUGUGGUGACAAACGUCAAUUCUUAUUCCAGCAAACUGUUCCUGUUCAGUCAUACCUAAUAGCUAUCGCUGUCGGCAACCUAGUUAGUAAGACUUUAAGUCCCGUGUCUAAAGUGUGGUGUGAACCCGAGUUGAUUGACAAAGCGGCGUACGAGUUUGAGCAAACUCCUGAAUUAUUAAAAGCCGCCGAAAAAGUAUGCGGACCGUACGUUUGGAAAAUUUACGACAUUCUCGUUAUGCCGCCUUCAUUUCCUUUUGGCGGCAUGGAAAAUCCCUGUUUGACUUUUGUUACUCCCACAUUAAUAGCCGGCGACAGGAGUCUUGUUAAUGUCGUAGCACACGAAAUUGCACACAGUUGGACUGGCAACUUGGUUACAAAUUGUAAUUUCGAACAUUUUUGGUUGAACGAAGGUUUUACCGUUUACGUUGAACGGAGGAUAAACGGUUUAUUGAAAAAUGAAAGUUCCAGGGAAUUUGCUGCUCUCGAGGGCCUCGAAGACCUUAGACAAGCUGUCGAUGUUUUGGGUUCCGAAAAUCCAUUAACUAAAUUGGUGGUCGAUUUAACUGGAAUUGAUCCCGACGAUGCGUUUUCGACUUGUCCGUAUGAAAAAGGACACACGUUUCUAUUUUGGUUAGAAAAGCUUUUCGGUGCCGAUAAAUUCAAUUUGUUUUUCAAAAGUUAUGUGGAUAAGUUCAAGUACAAGUCUAUUAGUACUAAUGAUUUCAAGUCGUAUUUAUUAUCUUAUUUUCAAGACGAUGACAAAUCUUUGCAAAUCGAUUGGGAUUUAUGGCUGGACACGCCAGGAAUGCCGCCAAUAAUACCACAUUACGAUACAAGUCUCCAGGAUGCAUGUGUAGCUCUAUUGGAGCGUUGGACAAAAUGGGAUGAAUCGGGUGAAGAACCGUUCAAUAAAUCUGAUUUGAUCGAAUUUGAAACCAACCAAACAGUGCAGUUUUUAGCACUUCUUUUGAAAGUCGACAAUAUGACUUUAUCCAAAAUCAAAGCUAUGCAAAAAGCGUACAAUUUUAACGGUUCUCGUAAUUGUGAAAUACUGUUAAGAUGGUUGAGGACAUGUAUUAAGGUGAAAUGGUUGGAACAAUUAGAAUGGGUCUUUACAUUCAUCAACCAUUCUGGCAGAAUGAAAUACGUUCGACCAAUAUACAGAGACCUGUACGCAUGGCAAGAAGUUCGAGUGCAAGCAAUUGAAAAUUUCGAAAAAAACAAAACGUCUAUGAUGUAUGUUUGUCGUCACACAGUGGCCAAAGAUCUCCACUUAAGGGAUUAAUUAGCUCAUACCAUUAUGGUAUGUGUCUAAUACUCAUGUGACGAGUACUUAGAGUACAAUUUUUCAUACUCGUAUUGCGUAGGAAUUUUGUGAGAUACGUGUUCUUUGUAUGUAUUAAAAAAUAUAUAUAUAUAUAGUUUUUAUAAGGUUAUGCAAUAAAAAAUGUUAACAGUUAA